AUGAAAACAUCCCCUACAACAAAUAAUAGAAGUGAACCUAAAAGGGAUGAUAGUGAAACAGAGUCAACAGCGCAAGCAAUUUUCGAUAAGAUUAUGUUUACUUUAAAAACUGAGGCUUUUCCAACUGCAAUUGAAAAAGUUCUCGCAGAAAAAUUUCCUAAUCAUACAAUUAUAGUCUGGAUGUAUUUUAAUAAACAAGACAAGUUUUAUUCUUUAGCAAAAGAUAUAUUAAUUCCUGCAGAUACUGGACUUUUAUCCUUUUUCCAAAAAUUUCCUCAACCUUUAUCAAUUAACAAGCGUGAUGAGCAUCCUUACUUUAAUGCAGAAUCAGAUAAUAAUAUUGUACCACCAGAUUCACAUACUUUUAUAAUACCGAUAUUAAAACGUACAGGACAUCCAGUUGGAAUGAUCGAAAUAUCCAAACCCGCAAAAGAAAAGACAUUUUCACGGACAGAUUUACUUUUUGGCCAAUUAAUUAUGAAAAAGAUGUCAAUCUACUCAAACUUCCUAUUUCCAUCAGAAAGUGCUAUUUCACUUGUUUUGAGUGCAUCUUUUAAUGACCAAUUUCCACAAAUCGUUGGUAAAAUUAAUCAUGCUCUUGAAAUGCACUUUAAAUGCCGCAAAGCGGACAUCUGGAUGUACAAUACAAAGAAAUGUCGUUUCUUCUGCUUUGAUCCCAACAGAGAGAAGCCAAUUCAGGUAGAACCUCCAAAUGCAGGCGUAAUCGGUCAUUGCCUUGAAUCCUGUACAAUGAUACACGAAAGAUCAGUUAGAUCUCAUCCAAACUACAACUAUCUUCUCGACGGAACUUACGAUGAACCAGUCCUUGCAAUGCCUUAUGUAGAUCUUGAGAACAGAACAUGGGCAGUUAUACUCCGCGGUAGAGCCAAUCCACGCUAUUUCACUGCUAUAGACGUUAGCGAUCUACGAACAUCCGUUUCCUUCAUCAUCCACGCGUUAUCAGCUUCAAUGUCACCUCCACAGUUCGAAGCCCAGCUUGAUGACUUCGAGCAAAGACUUAAAGCUCUUCUGGAUAUCGCGCAGAACCUUUCUGGAACGCUAGAUAUCGAUGUUCUGAUUCCGACUAUUAUGGACAGAGCCAUUCAGCUUCUCAAAUCCGAAAGAUGCUCAUUAUUCUUAGUAGAUCAGACGAAACAAGAGCUCGUAACUCACUUCCACGGCGGUCUUGAUACAGAAAUCAGAAUGCCAAUGAACAGAGGUAUUGUCGGCCACUGCGCCAUGACCGGUGAAACAGUUAACAUUGAAGAUGCAUAUCUAGAUUCAAGAUUCGAUAAAACUGUCGACUUGAAAACAGGAUAUCGAACUAAAUCUAUUCUUUGCCUUCCAAUUUACAACAACAGAGGUGAAAUUGCAGGUGUAACAGAAAUGAUUAACAAGAUUGGCUCAGACAAAUUCGAUGCAGAUGACAUUAAAAUGUUAAUGGCUUUUAAUGUCUUUUGUGGCAUUUCCCUUGAUAACGCCAAGCUCUACCAAGCAUCAUUAGACCUCACGAAGCAGCUGAGAACAUUCGUUGAUUUGUCAGCAGCUCUUUCCCAUGCAGAUAAAAUCCGAAAUGCUCUUCAGUCCAUUUUGAUGAGCGCGAUGAAAGCAAUGGAUGGAUUAAGAGCAACGAUCUACCAUAUCGACCAAACUAACGGAAAACUCACAAAGCUUGUUAAUGCAGGAAUUGAACCUAAAUACGACACAAUUUUUGCACAAUUAGCUCUUCAAAAGCUUGCACCACAGAUAUUUGGUGCACAAGAGAUAGAAGAGAUCGUCAAUUCCGGUGCAGACAACAAAAGUGUCCAAGAUGACAACAUGUCAGUGAAAUCAAACAAAGCGAACGAAAGACAAAGAAGAAUUGCAUCGAUUAUCACGAGAAAUGCAUCAAUAGAGACAAUGAAAUCAGGUGGAGGAGCUGCAGAAGUCAACAUUGUCUGCAGUCCAAUGCUUACAUCAGAAAACACUCCUUUAGGUGUCUUGGAGAUAGAAACCGCCGUAAAAAUGAUGAAUGAAAACCUGAAACUGCUUGAAUGUUUCUCAGUUUUUGCAGCAAUAUCAAUAGAAAAGUUCCAGUUAAUUGAUAUUGUUAAGCUUGGCCAAGGCGAGAGAGAACUAAAACAGAUGAUUUCUGAUGAAGAAAGAACUUUGACAACAAAAAUUCCAGAAAAAAUGAGUAUCGAAAAUGAUUCUAUUUGGAAGAGGCAUUUCGAUGCACAGUUGUGGGCUGAUCAGUACAUAACUGUUUUGUUCAAUAUCUUCUAUAGAUUCGAUCUGCCAAAGGAGUUCAACAUCACAAAUGAAAAACUUUUCAGAUUUUUGACAGAAAUUAGAGAUACGUAUAAAAAAGUUCCAUACCACAACUGGAGACAUGCUGUUGAUGUUACCCAGUUUGUUGUUUACGAACUCCUUGAAUCAGGUUGCGAUAAAGUUCUCACUAAAUUCGAAGUUUUCGCUUUGUUAGUUUCAGCGGUUUGUCAUGAUGCAAAUCAUGAUGGUUUUACAAAUGUUUACAACGUAAAAGCUGAGACUCCUCUUGGUAUUUUAUUCAAGAACCAGUCAGUUAUGGAGACACACCAUUGCCAAGUUGCAAUUGGAGUGAUUUCCAAAGAAGAAUGCAACAUUUUUUCAGCAUUGAAUGCAGGUGAUAACAGAACUAUGUGGAUGACAAUCAUUUCAUUGAUUUUGUCAACAGAUAUGGCCAAACAUUUUGAAAUUUUGAAGAAUUUCAAUGCGAUUAUGGACGCUGGUGAGUUUUCUAUGGAGAAUAAAGAUCAUAGAAUUCUUCUAAUGCAGUUAUUACUUAAGACUGCUGAUAUUUCAAACGUUUCGAGGCCAUUCGAUAUUGCAAACAGAUGGUGUGACAUUUUGUGCGAAGAAUUCUUCAGACAAGGUGAUUUAGAAAUGGCUCAGGGCAUGGAAUAUACAUCUGAUUUAAAUGAUAAGGCUCAUCUUGAUAAACCAAAGUCUCAAAUUGGUUUUUAUACUUUUGUUUGCUUACCUUUGUAUCAAGCACUUGCAAGAGCUUUCCCUCAAUUAAGCGUUAACGUGAAAUCAGUCCAAUCUAAUCUUGCAAUCUGGAAACAGACAACAGAAGCAAAACAAAAACUUAAUUCAUCAUGA